AUGAGCUCCAGAAAACGUGUGUGCAUCAUUGGAGCCGGGGCCAGCGGGUUGCCGAGUAUACGCCACGCCGUCCUGUACAAUUGUGAUGUCGUCUGCUUCGAGGCGUCGCACGCCAUCGGCGGGUUGUGGCGCUAUAAGCCCGAAGAUACGGAUGAGGGCACGGUGAUGAAGACGACCGUCAUCAACACGAGCAAGGAAAUGACGGCCUACUCGGAUUUCCCGCCCCAGCCCGAGGCGGCGAAUUUCAUGCACAACGCACAGUUGUUGAAGUAUUUUAACGACUACGCCGACGAGUUCAACCUCCGAAAAUACAUCAAAUUCCACCACAAGGUGCUGAACGUCGAGCGCGCUUCAGAUUAUGUGAAGACUGGGAAGUGGAAGGUCACCUACAAGGACAACGAGGGCCAACAGAAGGAAGAAAUCUUCGACGGUGUCCUCUGCUGUACCGGACAUCACACAACUCCAUGGUUGCCGGAGAAAUGGCCCGGCCAGGAUACAUUCCCCGGAAAAUGCGUUCACUCUCACUCCUACAAAGAUCACCGUGGCUAUGAGGACCAUACCGUAGUCGUCGUUGGGGUUGGAAAUUCUGGAGGUGACAUCGCCGUCGAGCUGUCCAGGAUCGCCAAGCAGGUCUACCUCGUCACUCGGCGUGGCACCUGGGUGUUCAACCGCAUCUUCGACUACGGCGAGCCGUUCGAUUUUGUGGUGGGAACGAGAGCAGCGAACUACCUCCGCGGUGUCGUCCCGACGAAAAUGUCCACCUGGUUUUUGGAGAGCAAGUUGCAGCACCGAUUCGAUCAUGAGAAGUACGGACUUCGGCCAGCACAUCACGUUUUCGGCGCCCACCCUACCGUAAAUGACGAGCUCCCCAAUCGGAUUGCGUGCGGGAUGGUGCGGAUCAAGCCGAAUAUUUCCGAGUUCAAGGGAAACACGCUUGUGUUCGAGGAUGGCAGUCGGGUGGAGAACGUGGACGACGUGGUCUUGGCCACCGGAUACCUCCUUUCCUUCCCAACCCUGGAGAAAGGCAAUCUCAUCCCUGUCGAAGACAACGAGGUCUCGCUCUACAAAUACAUGUACCCAAUGGACAUUGAGCACAACACGCUUGCGGUGAUCGGAUUAAUUCAGCCCCUCGGCUCGAUCAUGCCAAUCUCGGAGAUGCAAGCUCGCGUGUUUUUGUCGGUGCUGACAGGAGAAUCUAAACUGCCCAGCCGUGAGGGGAUGAAAAAGGACUCCGAGAUCAAGCGCCGGAUGAUGGCCGGAAGAUUUGUGAAGAGCAGGAGGCAUACUAUUCAGGUCGAUUUCACCCCCUAUAUGGACGAGCUGGCCGACCUGAUCGGCUGCCGCCUCGACAUGAAGCAGUUAUUCAUGAGCGAUUUCUCGCUGGGAAUGAGGGCCCUAUUCGGACCGAAUGUCGCGUACACCUAUCGCCUACAAGGUCCGCACAAAUGGGCUGGUGCUCGCGACGCGAUCAUGAGUGCUGCUGAUCGGGUUGCCAAGGCGACCAACAUGAAAUACAAGCACCCGACGACGAUGGAGACCUGGCGCAACUCGCUGAUCAUUAUCGUAAUCUUUGCCAUUUUCAUCUACCUUCUGCGUUACUGU